AGUUCUCUUCCCUUCCUUACUUACAGACCAGAGAAGGCCUCAUACGGUGAAGAUUAUAUAUUUGAUUUGCCUAACCUUUCCGCCUGAUUACACGUUACCUCUCCACUGAAUCAUCGAGCUAAAAAAGCCCGUUCAUGGCCAGGCCGCUCUGAAGUCGCAAUUGCCUGUUGGUGCUGUGAGCUCCGUGACUAAUAUGUUGCCGUCCACGGAGCCUCGAGUGGCUGCUGGCCCUCGCCAUGAUCUUCCUACGGUUCCAGCUGCGUGUCUUGUUUGCCGUAGAAGGCACCUCAAAUGCGAUGGGGAACGUCCUUGUUCCCGUUGUAGAACCGCUGAUCUUGAUUGCGUCUAUGCAGUGUCCCGUCGCGGUUAUAAUGGCCGCAAACGCUUAACCGGUCGAUCCUCAAGUCAGCGUAAAGGCACCGGCAUAACCGUCCCUGUCCUUGACGCCGCAGUCACGGUUGUCGGCCCUCCCCCUGCGGCGCCUGCACUGGAAUUUCCUUCUGUCCUUGAUCCCACCAUCUUUCUUGGCAGUGUCACAAGUUACUCGAACGUUGAUACAUGCUUCCCUAUCGCCGCGUUCUCUCAGACUAUUGCGUCAACUAGUUUGCCCGGGUUUACUUCUCAGACUCUGGUUAGCGGCACUGGCAACCGAAUACCCCGGACACUUCCUUUAAGUGAACGUUUUAUCGGCUCGUUCUAUCUAAAUUUCUACGCCGCUCAUCCCUUCAUACCGCCAAAGGAGCUUCUUCUCAUCCUAGCACAGCAGACCUCAUUGGAGCCCCUCCUUGCAGCGAUACGUUGGAUUGGUUCCCUAUACAUCGAGCAAGAUAGCUCUCGCAGACUUUUCACAGAUGCAUCCCGCCUAAUAGAUGGUGCACCUCUCAGAAACGGCUUCUUAGUACAGGCGAUGCUGCUUAUCAUAAUUGGACUUGACGGCAACCGUCAAGAAAAAAAGGCCAGAAAGCUUAUGGAAGAUGCCAUUGAUAUCUCGAUUCAGAUCAAAUUGAACUGCGAUCCAUUUGCAGCCACAAAUGGACAAGGAAUUCCCGUACUGGAAGAGAGCUGGCGAAGGACAUGGUGGGAGCUUUACGUUGUGGAUGCCCUUAUGUCGGGGGUGCAUCAAACCAACACUUUUGUUCUGUAUGAUGUACCUACAGAUGUCGGUCUGCCUUGUGAAGAGAACCAGUAUCUCACAGGGCAAAUACCUCCUCCCAUUCACCCAUAUGAUACGGAAACCUUGGGACUGUUUGACCCCACGCCGUAUUCUUCGUACACCUAUCGGGUCCAAUGUGCCUGCAUCUUGGGUGUUUUUCAGAAAAUGCCAUCAGAUGUCGACCAUAUAGCCAGGCUUCUCGCGAACUGGAUGCUCCGCUUACCGCCAUCAAAAUACGACGCUUAUUGUGAUGGCAAGUUAGAUGAGAUGAUGUUCCAGGCCAUCAUGAUGUGGCAGGCUAUUUCUAUUCUUGUACACCAGCCUCACUCACAGCUGGAUUCAUCACUGACUUAUUAUAUCAAAGCGUCCAACACACCAGCUGAGUCCAGCGAUGCCUUCAACUCGCACACCAAACAUACGAUUCGGGCUGCCAGGGAGCUUAGCAAGUUAAUUAGCUAUCGUGUUCCUCUCCUUAAACACACACAUUUCUUUGCUUACAUGGUAACGCUCUCGUCUACAAUCCACCUCAGCAGAUGGUCAUUGGCCUUUGUGGCCCAAGACGAUCAGGAUCUUCGUCAGAAUAUGAGUCAGAAUAUUGGAGCACUUGUCAAGUACGCUGAGGUAUGGCCCAUGGCGCAACAUUUGGGGAUGCAAGUAAAGAGAAUGGCAAAAGAGGUGUAUAGAAUAAAGAAACUCUAGUAAUACCAUGUC